GCCAUUCUCGAAUCUUCCCCGCUCUCUUCGUAGCGUAUUUACGGCCGCCGUUCUCCUCAUUCCCUGUCCGUCCUCUUCCCCUUUGUUAUUGUUCUUUCGUCGUCUUCAUCCUCCGAUCGAACAACGAUGUCGGCUUACUUCGGGUGUUUUGCACCUUUAUGCCGUAGCUGAGGUGUCAGCAUGGCUUGGCUCGUCCCGAGUGCGCAAGAUGACCAGCAUGAUCUCUGAGCUGGAGCGUAUUGACGUGAAGUCGGUUGAAAGGCCGUGACCCAGGUUCGUCGGGUUGUAGGUUGAAGAUCACUCCUUUUGUCGUUCAUCGUGUUCCUGCAUACAGGUCGGUGUCGGAAAGGGACUUCUCGACCCGAUCCCUUCGAUGCUUAAGCUAGCAAGAGUUGGAGAUGGGAGAGUUGGAACGUGCGUGUGUGCCAGGUCCUCCCCCAGCAUUGUUCCUGAGGGUAGCUUUUAUACUUGUUCCUGCGUGCGAUUGUAGCAGCCUUAAUGAUCCUUGGUCGUCAUCGUACGCGGGUAUUUAAUACCCGCUGACGUCGCGGGUGGUUGGCCCGUAUGUGGGGUGCAGGCGCCGUCUGGUCUACUCAAUGUAGUCUCGUUCGGUGCUGCUUCCUGCCUUUUGUGUGGCCCGGUACAUGGUCGCGUCACCCCAUAUGGCCUGGAGCGAAGUGGGUGCAAAGGGAUGGCAUCAAGUGACUGACUAGCCUCGGGCUCAUGAUGUUGAGUAGGCUCUGCCCGACACAUUGGCUUAGGGACAUCAUGCUAAGUCUUCAUAUCGUGGUUGAAAUAUGCUAUAUCAUUCUCUCCCCCCUAAAGGAGUUAUGCCACAGGAGAAUCGUGGGGCACGAGUUGGGGCUUCUGUGGGUCGAGUCCUCAGUCCCAUUGACUGGGUGGAUUACCUCGUCGCAAGUUUGGUCUUCGGCAAGGAUUGGCUGAGGCAUGGUCAGGUGGGCCGAGCAAGGUGUGCUCGAUAGGGAUGGCUGAUACAGGGUUGGCGAAGGCUAGCUGGGGCGUGGUUUUUUUGUGAUCAACUAUUUGCAAGGCGGAUGGUGUCCCUUCGUUGGGGUGUCUGCUUGUUUUGAUUUGGGGCGGUGGAUCGUUUGAUGUAGGAUUGGUUUGAUUGCUCUUGAGCGGGAUAAUGUAUUUGUUGGGGAGUUGGGUUCGAUCGCGUUGAAGCGAAUGAAUGGUCCUGUUGGGAAGUUCGGCUCGACCACAUUGAAGCAGGAGAAUGCACCUGCCGUGAGGUCUAUUCAACCGCGUGGAAGCGGGAGAAUGCACCUGCCAUAAGGUUUGUUCGAUCAAGUGGUAGCGGGAGAAUGCACCUGUCGUGGGGUUUGGCUUGCUCGUGUUUGAAGCGGAAGAAGGGACCUGCUACGAGGUUUGCUUGAUCGCGUUGAGGCGAUGGACUGACCGAGGCGUAGUCGGCAAGGGCUGGUUGAAAUUUAGUCGGCAAGGGUUGGUCGAAACUUAGUUGCAAGGGCUGGCCGAAACUUAGUCGGCGAGUGCUGGUCGAAACUUAGUCGGCAAGAGUUAGCCGAGGCUUAGUCGACGAGGGCUGGUCGAGACUUAGUCGGCAAGAGCUAGUCUAGGCUUAGUCAGCGAGGACUGGUUGAGGCUCAGUCGGUGAGGACUGGUCAAGGCUCAAUCGGCGAGGAUUGGCUGAUACUUAGUCGACAAGGACUGGUCGAGGCUUAGUCGGCGAGGGCUGAUCGAGACUUAGUUAGCAAGGAUUGGUCGAGGCUUAGUCAGCUAGGAUUGGUCGAGACUGGUCGAGACUUAGUUGGCCGAGACUGGUCGAGACUUAGUCGGCUGGGACUGGCCGAGGCUUAGUCGGCAAGGAUUGGCUGAGUCGAGUUGGGAAGGCAUCUGUAUACGGGAAGCUUCAUCUUCAUGCGGGAAGUUAAAUCUGUGGCAGCUGCUGGCGCGCCCUGACUCUUUUUGACGUGGCAUCUUCGUCCUCAUGAUGAGAUGCUGCGUCCUUGCCCGUUGAGAGGCCAGUUCUGUGGGCAUAAUGUUUGAAUAGUCGCGUCGAUUCGUGGGUCCGCGUCUGUUUUUAUAAGCUUUGGCUGUAGAGCUUAGCGGACUUUGUCUUUGAUUUGGUUUCUCCCAUCUGGCGCUUGGGAUGCUCUUGGGUCCUUCUGGUACUUUUUGUCUCAAUUUUCUCCAUUGCUCGGCUGUUCCAUCUAGUCUAGUCCCAGGAUAUCUUCUUCCUCAAACUAGACGGUGACCUCUCCCAUGGGGAUGCCUUCUUCUGAUGAUAACCUUCCUAUUGCCUUUCGUCGGACCUCCAAGCGUCGGCGGGGGGCGAAGAAGUCAGCCACUUCCUUGCGAAACGUGGUCGACGUGAGCUCCUCUUCGGGGAGCCAACCCUUCAAUGCUCCUUCAAUCUCUCAGGACUUCGGGGAGACCCAUGAUUGCGGUUUCGUGGUAACCUCUUGACAAUUGGAGGAGACCCAUGAUUGCGGUUCUAUGGUAACCUCCCGGCAACUGGAGGAGCUAUAGGACCGCUUCCAGGUCCCACCAGAGAUUAUCCUCGCUGUGCCCAGGUCCAUCAAUUCUGCCGGGGGUUUUGCCUCUCCUUGGAUGCUUUAGAGGCGGGCUCGCGUCUCCCCCUUUCUCCCAUGGUGGUUGCCUGCUUGGGGUAUUGGUGGUUGCCUGCUUGGGGUAUUGGUGGAUUUCGCGGUCUCAGAUGGCGCCCAACUCUUAUCGUUUCGUGAGGGCUUUCCUCAGGGCAUGUGAUCGCACGGGGAUGGCGUUGUUUUGCGAGCUGCUCUGCUCGUGCUUUCGGUUGAGCCGAGGAUCGAGUAGCUACUACCUGUCUCAUAGUGCGGGAUUCAUAAUCAGCGGGGCGAACUCUUGUGCAAAGGGGUGGAGGGGUCAAUACUUCGUUGUCGAUGGUGAUGGCGACUGGGGCUUCCUUGUAGCGUGGGGGGCGCAUAUCGUUGAUAAUGCACUGCCCUCCCUAUCUGUGGUGGAGGCCAAGAGUCUGGAGAAAAUACGAGAGCUUUUUGCCUCAGGGGCCAUAGAGCGAUAGGAGGUUGUUUGAUGGAGGUCGCCUCUUCACCGGCUUCAUCUGGGUGGACCUCCGGGUGAUGAAGAGAUCGUGCCUUUUGACUCCUACCUCCGGACUCGGCGAGGGGAUGUCAGCGGGCAAGCGGCCAGCAUGGGCUCGAGGUUCCCCCCACGACCCCUCCAUCAAAGCCUCCGGGGGUCCUCCUAGAGCAAAGCCGAAUCCUUUGGUUAAAAUUCCACUUUCUCUAGCGUCCUCUGCUAGGGAUCUUGAUCCCGCGGUUGUACGGGAUCGCGAUCCCGUGGUUAGGGCUUUCUUGAGGCCCUUGUCUGAUCUGGCCCCUGAGCCUCCGGAAGAAAUUGUUGCUAGGCCGGCGCCGUCCUCGUUUCUGGUUGUUGAUGUUGCAACGUUUGGGAUCAUGGCUCCAAGCCUGGCAUUGGCUGGGCUAGUGUAUCGUUGCUCGACGGAGGGGUUGGCGGAUCUUUGCUUCCGCCAUGAAGUCCUGCAUUAUCAUUACAUGACGACAGUCGUCGACCCCUUACGGGACGCAGGGGUGCUGAUCAGCCAGUUCUCAUGAGCCAACGUUGCAUUGCGAGCCUAGUCAGAGCGGGCGAAAGAGGAGAAGAUGACUGUGAAUAUUUGAGUCGUAGAGCUAUCAUUGCUAAAAAAAUGAUCUGAGUAGUUAAAAAAUGAAUAUAGAUCUGAGUAGUUAAAAAAUGAUUCUUUUUUUCAUUUGUUAAAGAUUAACUUUCAUAUUUGAUUAAAAAAUAAUAGUUUAUAAAAUAUAUAAUUUUGAUUAAAUUAAUUUUGAUAAUUUAUCAUAAGAUCUCAUAUUAGUAUCUUAUUUUUAUUAUUAUAUAUAUAUAUAUAUAUAUAUAUAUAUAUAUAUAUAUAUAUAUAUAUAUAUAUAUAUAUAUAUAUAUAUAUAUCGUAAACUCAAAUAAAAUCAUGAGAAAAUAAAAUACAUCAUCGAAAUAUAUCAUAAAUACAACUAGAAGACGUGUCUCUAGUCAAACCUGAACUUGGGCAAUAAAUUACGGUGUUUGGGAGUUGAAGUUGAAUCAAUACGAUGCCGAUGAAAAGGUUGACUCUUAAUGACUGGUGGGUACGAGUAAAGAUUCGUGCGUUGACAUAGAGAUCCUUCCCCAUACUUCAAGAGAGUUCCAUUAGCGCUAAGGGGGGAAUCGGACGGGAACCGUGUUCCGACGGUCCAGAUCGGCCCCCCGCGAAACCUUCAAAUAAAACCUCAUUUAUUCCUCUUCACCCUCUGCAGUUUGCUCUAUGCAAAAGCAAAUCCACGGCCCAACUCCUACCCCCUGCCACCAUGAUCAUCUCGCCAUCGCAAAUUAGCGUGGUUAUCUCCUAUCUCUCCUCCUAAAUCCUCUCGCGGACGUAGGUCGUUGUCAUUCUCUAUUUCCUCUUCUCCGUUCUCUUUUUCCUCAAAUAAGUGGUAUGGUGGUGAUGCUUUCUAGGUCUAGCUUCGAUUUCCUUGGGUAAAUGAGUGUUUUUGCAUGUCCUUGGGUAAAAUGUGAGGUUUUGGCAGUUCUCGUAGUUGUGCGAGAGCGUUCGUGCAUGCGGUGCGAAGAGGGUUUUCGUUGUUAUGAGUGAAGCAUGGUGUGGUUGGACCUGCGCAUUUUGUUAUUUUUGGUGAUUGUCUAAGUGCAAAGAUUCAUCUUUAUUUGAUCAUGUUUCUGUUUCUUGUCGAAGAUCUGUUGCGAGUUUAUUCACUGCAUAAUUGUAAGUGAAAGAGAAGAUAGAGAAAGCAAGGACUUUCACCUAGGUUUGGUGGAGGUGUCGCGACCAUGGUGGAACAGUUGAGUGUAGUUAGUUGCGUGCAAAAAGAAGAACAUUUUGUGUGUGGGUAUGAGUCAUCGACUAAGGUACUUCUCUUCGGAAAUAAGUACCGAAAUACCGUGAUUUAGAGCAUACGGUGCCAAGGUUGAUUAAAAUUCAUGUGCAUGAUAAUGAAUUUUAUCUGUCACAUGAAUCACAAUAUUAAUUCUUUUUUCUAUUCAAGCUUUUUCUUUUUCAUUUUUUCUUUUGUGUUGAUUGUUGAAGUGCCUCAAUUCUUUGGAUCUGCAUAUGUUGAAACUCUUAGUGUAGCAGGUCCCAUUAUUUUAUCUUGGUGAAAGUUGCUUGUUAUAGUUAUGCAAAGUAUUUCUUGCAAAACAUUUGAACUUACCUGUUGGAUAGGUCCUCAGAACAAAAUCUAGAUGUAAAAUGUCAAAACUGUCCUGAAUCUGGAAAUCUCAUGUGGUUUGUUAGUGUCUUUAGCUUAAGUUAUUGUCAUCUGAUAAGGUCAUUGUUAGAUUGCUUUGAAACGAUUAUAUUGGUUAUGUGAACUUGAAACUCUCUUUAACUGAGAAAAAGCCUAAUUAAAUUACUCUUGAUACAACAAUGCUUAAAUCUGCUGAUCUUAGUUUUCACCUUGCUGAUUGCACUUUGUAAUACAACAUUUUCUUUAAGAUUUAGGAGUUGUUUAUGUCUGCCUACAUAUUCAUAGAUUGGAACAAUCUGUGGAUUAUCUAGAGUUUUCUUUUUAUGUAGCUUCUUUGUAGGUGAUGUCAUUGUGACAGUAUGCCUUCACAGUUUUCUGUUUUGUUUCUAGGUGAUAAUGGUCCAUUCAUUUUAAUGGCUUCUACUUUUAGCACCAUGUCCACAAUAGGCUCUUUGGGUGUUGCUACUUGUCUUCAUGCCGACAAGACUUCUGUUGAAAAUUUCUCCAAGUUCUCUUCACUUGCUUCCAUAUCUUCUGGUUCAACAAGCAGCAGAAGGCAGAACUUGCUAAUGCAGAAGAGGUGCAAUUCUAGGAUCAGAGCUAUGGCAAAGAGUUGUACUUUAACAAGGAUGGCUCUGCCAUUAAGAAGCUACAGGUUCAUUGAGUUGAGAUAGAUCAGGAUGAAGCUGAGGGUGGUAUGUAGGAAACUAUAUGAUUAUGUUUGCUAUGAUCUAAAGGAAAUUGCUUUUCCUUCCUCUCUGCCUGAUCCCCCACAUAUCAAGAAACGAAGGAAACUCACAUGGAGAGAGCGAUGGUGUGUCUUGAAAGAAGCAUCUAGACUUUAUGCUGCUAGCUGGGUGCAGGAUAUUGGUCCCGAUCUUAGACCGAAUGACUAUAAAAAGGUCACAAAUGACGAUGGUGGAAGUCAUCAAGAUAAGACUACAUCUGAAAGAAGAGAACCAUCAACAUCGGAAGAUCUUGCAGUGGCAGCUCGAGGUGGAAUGGAGACAUUAAGGCCUGCUUUGCAGCGUGUGUAUAUGAUGCGUGCCUCAGCAUACAGAGAUGCACUAAAAAGCUUUAUUCAAGGGUACCAUGAAGGGAUAAAGCAAGUCAUGGAAGGGAAGAAAGGUGAAAAGUCUCAUGCGCAAGAGAACAAUGCAAAGAAGUCCAAUUGAUAUCUUGUCACCAAGAAAGUUUGUUAGGUUUCACCGGCCGGUGCCCAGUCGAAAUUUUGUAAACAUCAUAUAGAUUAAUUAUUUUAAUUCUAUCGAUGAUAUUAUCUUUUUAGCUUG